UUAAAAUUUAAAACCAAGCACGUGACAUUUUUGAAUAAUGAUUCAAUUAUAAGUUUAUACAGCUAGCCUUGGAAUUGGAUCACUCUUAUGUCAGUCAGCCAUGGCUAAAGUCUUGAUCUUGAUUUUCUUGGCUCUCUCAAUCCGAGCAAACUGCACACAGCUCAUAGAGUACUGUCGAAAACCACCUGCACUGUUCGUCUUCGGCGACUCUUUCUUCGACCCGGGAAAUAACAAUUACAUUAAAACUACAACUCUUGACCAAGCCAAUUUCUGGCCUUAUGGAGAAACCUACUUCAAAUAUCCCACCGGAAGAUUUUCUGAUGGCCGCUUGAUUUCUGAUUUUAUAGCUGAACAUGCAAAAUUGCCAUUGAUUCCUCCAUAUCUGCAGCCAAGAGAUUAUGACAGUUACUGUGGGGCAAACUUUGCAUCAGCUGGAGCAGGGGUUUUGCCAGAAACUUUUCAAGGAGCGGUAAUUGAUCUCAGAAUGCAGCUAAAAUACUUCGAGAAAGAGGUAAAUGCAGCUCAAUUGAGAAAGAAAGUUGGGGCUUUUGAUUCAAAAAUGAUUUUAUCAAAUGCUGUCUUCUUGUUUAGUAUUGGGACAAAUGAUUAUAUAAGCCCCUUCGUGCUAAAAAAUUCAUCCAUGCUGCCUUCUCAUCAAGAAUACAUUGCCAUGGUAAUCGGCAACCUCACACAAGUAGUAAAAGCCGUGUAUAAAAGAGGGGGCCGGAAAUUCGGGUUUCUGAACUUAGGAGACUUGGGUUGUCUUCCCGGCCUAAGAAUUUCUAAACCACAAAACGGAAGUGGGUGCUUGGAAGAGGCUUCAACCUUGGCAAAACUACACAAUGAGGCACUUCAAAAUGUCCUAAACAAAAUGAAGAACCACUUGAAGGGUUUUAAAUAUUCUCUGUAUGACUUCAACACCUUUCUUCGACAAAUUCUCAAUCACCCUUCCAGAUACGGUUUUAAAGAAGGUGAAAAAGCGUGUUGCGGGAGUGGGCAUUACAAUGGAAUAUUUAGUUGCGGAGGAAAAAGAGGAGUGAAGGAAUUUGAGCUUUGUAAAAAUCCAAAUGAAUUCAUCUUUUGGGAUUCUUAUCAUUUGACAGAGAGUGUGUACAAAAAAAUGGCACGUCAAAUGUGGUAUGGACCCUCUAAAGGACCUUACAACCUAACGCAAUUUUUUCAAUGCCUCUAAAUUAAUGAAUGCCAUUCAAUUUUUCUUCUAUGUUC